AUGGAGCACAUGGAGGAGACUGUCGUUAAUUUGUCAAAUGGGCGGCAGGUUAUUUACAAACAUCUUUUUACCUUUACUUAAUUACGCUUUGAUUUUCGUUCAUUGACCGGUUCAGUGUAACAUUUCCCCUCGACGGGUGUCUCAUCAAUCUCCAACCUUCAGAUUUUUUUCAUGAGUUGAGUUGCGGACUAAUAAAUGACCUUUUCAUCGUUCAACGACAACCGGUACAGUAUUUCAGCUUAUAGGCUUAGCUUAUAAAAGACUUAACCAGCGAGACUAAAUUUCAUAGGCGAAUUAAUGUUUAAAAAUAAUUUCCGGAUUGUAGAACCAAUAAAAUCUAAACCAUUCAGUUAUCCGCUAUAAGAUGUUUCUGUUGAUAGUAUGUGUUAACAUUUUAGCCGGAAGAAGAUGAAUGAAGAACAGCGAGGCAAAUUUCAAACUCUGUAAUGCCCGAUCUUAUAAACAGGAAAGUGGCGCAGGAGAGAAUUAAACUCUCACUUUCAAGACGAGGCUAAGUGUAAAACUUAGCUUCCUUAUAAAAAAUGAGUUUUGUGGCCGACACAUGAGAACAUCCGCCGAAACGCCGUAUGAUUUUCGGUUAGUAGUCUUCGCAGUUCUAUUGACGUCAUUUUUAGGAAAAGGGUUUCGUAACAAAUAACGAAUUUUAUUUUUUGCAGUUCGCCUCGCUUUGAGUGAAAUAAAUAAUAAGUGACAUAAUAAUAAAAGUAUUAUGAUUUAUAAAUUGUUUUCUAUUACUUAAAGCCUUUUUCUUUUUUUCUUUCUAUGAAGACUGCGACACAGACGACCACCACACAGAAGGGUAGGUGCAUUGUGCAAAAUAUAUAUCAGUUCAAGGCGGCCUGCCACCUAAAGGAAGUCUAACUUAGGAUAGACAUAAAUCUACCUGUAAGAUGUUUAUUUCAAGUAGAUAAAACGUGUUCUUGUCCAAGUUGUAAGUCUUCUUGACGCUGUUAACACCAAACAAUGUUUAGAUGUGAGGUUGUCCAAAAGGGCUAAGAACACUGCUUGUUAAAAACCAUUGAAGCUCUGUUUGAAUCACCUCGGCCUCAGUUACGACUUCUGAAAUUUAAAGUUCCGUUCCUGGAACAAAGAAAUAGACGGAAGUGGUUUGACAUUCAAAUUUUUUACUCUUCAGACCCCUGUUAUAACGUGUUUUGCACCAAAGGCCGCAUGUGUGUUGUAAACAAGGAUCGUUCAACGACAUGUGUGUGCCCAGAAGUGUGCCCAGAUGAUUACAAACCUGUCUGCAGCGUCUACCUCCGAGAAUUCAACAACACUUGCAAACUGCACAAGUUCGCUUGUCGAAUUGGCAUCAUGAUGGGAAUCGAAAAGACAGGAAAGUGCGAUUUAAAAGGUGUGUAUUUAGCAAACAAGAUCCGCGUGUCGAGAAAGGUUGUCGGAAAAAGUGCAAGUGACAAUCCCGAAACGUAAUAUAGGAUAUAAUCAAUACGCUGUUUCUUGAAACUGUAACUAUCGAACCUACUUUUGUUGCUUUUCUUCAGCACUCGCAACAAACCGUCCACGGUCUCUCGUGCCGUUCUUUCAAAUUUCUUUGAAAAUCAUCAGUGAACUGAAAACCACCCACCACACCUUUCUGGAUUUUCGCGGGCACUUUUUUCUGACAACCCUUCUCGAAAUAGCUGUAUACUACAGUGGGACCCCGCUCUGCGGACACCCACUUAAUACAGACACCCGUGUAUAACAGAUAGUUUCGUUUGUCUCGACUAAAAGCUCAUAUAUUUUUUCUAAAAUUAACCCGCAUAAAACGGACAAUGGACACUUUUCUGUGUCCCAAGUUACAAACUCUCAUAUAUCGUCAACCCCUCUUUACGUACACUGGUUUAACUGCGCACUGCAGUAUUUUCAUUGUCACAAUCAUGAGCUAAUUGUGGACAUUAUACUCAUUUUUAAAACGAUGACAGAUUUCUGUAAGUUUAUACGACUUUAUAACUUAAAACUUUAGCAAAAUAGUGCGACCUGCUUCCUUGUCCUACCGUUCUCUUUCCUCUUUAAGAUCAAUAAAUCAGGUGUCUGUCACGUUUUUCUGACAGCCCGCUUAAUACGGACACCCGAAUCAUAAAUACGGACGCUAUGGUAUAUCCUCUCAGUGUCCGUAUUAACUGUAGUCCUGAAGUCAGCUGCAAAGACAGCCUCUUCACUCUGAGCCCCCUACUCCAACGGGGCAGCAUAACCUUUAUUAUCAUUUCAAGUGCUUAUAACUUAGAAACGAGAUCUGUGAACACCACGUUUAUUAUUGGGAAGCAACCGGUUCAGAAUAUACGAAACUUUAAUUUAAAGUGGCUCGUUGAUAGACUUUGAUAAUUGACUGUGAGCAGUCUAUUCUCAACCCACUAGAUAGAGAUUCUUCACUGCCGAUUACAGGUCAAUAAUUAGAAAAUUGAAGUUGCCGAACUUUCUUUUAGUUACAAGCGUUGGAUGCUAAAAUUAAGGCUGUUAUAGGUUAUGACGUUGCUAUGGUAGCCUGUAAUCAUUAAAUUUAAAAUAUGAGAUUAUAACUCGCUCGCUUAUCAUUGAGAAUUUGGUUGGUACUAUGAUUGUCACGUCAAUCAAAACACGCUGGAGUGGGUUGUAUAGUAUUCAUCUAUAAAAGUAGAAGUGCUAGCUAACAAAUGAUGGAAAUCGAUCAUUUUAUUUUAAUUCAUAAUUAUAUUUUAUUUUCAUAUUUUUUGGCAGACACUGAAUUGGCGCCAUGCUCAGUCUCACGCCUUCUCCAAUUUCACGAUCGAUACCUUGCGUACCUCAUAGCUGCAAGAGAGCAGGAAAUGUACCCAGAUUUCCAGGUUGAGACUUGGGCAUACGAGGACCGGGAGGAAAUUAUUGCGGUAAAUUUGAUCCCUUUUUCCUCUAGCGUCCGUCCCUCUGCCUAUCAACUUGCAGUUGCUUUUCUGUACAAAACUUCUGCCUGAACUUGUUAUCAGUAGGAGCCAGUUUUUUUGGCCUUCACAAAAUCAGUGCUUUUAUCCACCUACGAUUAUAAUAUUUUAUCUUUCUUCGUCGGUGUUGCUCCUUACAAUGUUGCGUUCAACAGUUUCAGUCAGAGUUGGACACGCGAUGUUGCGUGAGUAGAGCAUGAAAUAAGACAUUUGAUCAAGCGUUGUUUCUCGGUCAGUUUUGUCAACUGAACGGGGUAAGUCCUGGACCCACGAUGAUAGCCUGCGAGCAAGCUCUCCAGGGACGGAUCAAGGAUUUUUUGUGGGAGGGGUUGCACUCUUCUCUUGCUCUGCUUCAAUACCAAUAAACCACAAAGUUUUUUUUUUUUUGCAGAAUGCCAGUUGUAUUAGAAAGCCGCAGUUCAUUUUAGCGGGGGUGGGGUGCGCACUCCCUGCACCCUCCCCCUAGAUCCGCCCCUGCUCUCCGUGGUGAUAGCUAGACGAGCCGCGCGAACUCGAUAUCCACCAAAUGGAGAGCCUGCUCACAGGCUACCCAUGAAUGAUCACUUGGCCCUUUUUUUGGAUGGAGGAGUGGUGAUUUUUACGAGACGUUAUUUCUAAUCACACUUUAAACACUUUAAAUUCAUCCUAUGAACCCGGCUAUGCUACGUUAAAAGGAAGUACGUCCAAGGUUUUCAUAUCCAGUAUCAGUAUUGCGUAACCGGGUUCAAUGUUUUUAUUUUAGUGGGAGUUUAAUAACCGGGAUACAAACGGGGAUGGUAUACUGGACGAAGACGAGAUUGGGAGAAUGAUUAUCCCGGAAGAAGACUGCAUGAUGGGCUUUUUGAAGUCAUGUGACUACGACCAUAAACCCGGAAUCAGCAAAAAAGAAUGGAGCACGUGUUUCCCACCUAUUGUGCGUGGUAAGUGCACAUGCGCUAGACUACGGAGUAAGUCGAUCAUAUCAGCCUCUUCUUGUAUCCCUAGUCUAUUUUGUUGUGAAUGUAACUGUCACCUGCACUCACAUAUGACAGAACAACAACAACAUUUUAUUUCGUUUUUAAAAGGACAAUAUUUCAAACAUUGACAACGCACAGUUAAGCAUAGCUAAUCGAGGCGGGCUGUAAGAAAUAAGAACAAAAAUUAACAGUCGCCCCAGAACUAUACAGCUAAAAGAAAAAGAACCAAGUAAAUAUGUUUAUAAUCUUCCAUCUAAUCAUACAGCCUUUUAGUCGUUCUUUCUUGACUUUUCUUCGUUAGUUCGUUCUUAUACCCGUCGGAUCAAUUUAGGUUAGUGGGAAAGUGACCACCUACCCCUCCCCUAAGCCAACAUUUUGCCCUAAGUGAGAAGCAAGUGAAAAUGUUGGCUUAGGGGAGGGGUAGGUGGUCAGUUUCCCGGAAAUCUAAAUUGAUCAUACCCGUCCGGGCCUAGCCUGCGUCGCAGACGUAAUCUAACCCCGGUUGGUAACUUCUGCGAAGCAGCGCUGAUAUCCUUGUUCUCGCCCCCCAACGGACUCAACGAAUUACCGGAAAUGCGUUUCGAGUUUUCCCUUCAAUGGCAAAUUUUCAAUAGCAUUUUAAACUGGCCAAUCACAGCGCGUACUCAAAUCCUGGUACACAGGUGGGGGCCCAGAACAAGGAUUUCGACACUGUUUCGCAGACGGACUUAACAAGAUCUGUAUUUCCGUCUGUGACGCAGGUCCAGCCUUUCCUGCCUUGGACUUAGUCAUGUACAUAAUCAAACACGGUAACCACAGGUUGACUACUGUCCCGUUUUUUUUUUUGUUUUUUUUUUUUUUUUUUUUUUUAAUGUUGGUGUUCUAGACUGGUACGGUCUCCAAUUGACAUAAAUAAUACAAAAGACUGAAAAGACCUUGAACAAUGUUCCACUCCAAAAAACAAAAGCGAACCAUCAAUAAAUCCGCAACACGAACAGAAGACACCCCAGUUUUUGAGGAAGCAGGGAACGUCUGCACGCAGGCCACUCUUGUUGUUUUACUAACCAUUUCCUUGUUGUUGUUUUUUUUCCACAGCACUUAGCGAAGAGGACGUGGAAUCUUAAAGAAUAAAUGUGGAAAAAAUAGCGGAAAACAUAUAAGCUAAAAAAAAUACAACUAUGGUGAGGGUUGGGACUUGCAAAGCUUUCACUGUAAAAUUUGAAUCAGUUGUUUUCGUCUAUUUUAGUAGAAUGUGACCAGUUGUCUUAACGUCUUCUAUCGUUAAUUGAAAGGGAGGUUUAAGAUUAUCAAGAUAAUAAAAAUCAUUCUUAUAGCAUCUUUGAGAUGGUAGUGUGGUUUGCAUUGAUUGAAUCGUCCGAAAUAAAUAUGGUUGUUGUGCUCAAUUUGCUAAGGCAAUAAAAGCUAAAAGCGCAGAUGUGGUCAACACCGCUUGCACAGAAAGGUUUCUUGCGCAUUUGUGCUCAAACCCGUAGGGAUUUGUCGCUAGUGUACAACAACCCUCAGUGGCAGAUCCAGGGGAGGCACCCGGGGGGGCCGGGGCACCCUUUACUUUUAGACCAAAGUGAGACCCGAAGGGCCGAAAAAAAAUUUUUUUGAGACCGGGACUCCCCCCCCCCCCCCCCCCCCCCCAUCUCAGGGUCUGGAUGACCGCGGUUAAAUAAGACCGAUCGUCACUCCCAUGAUUAUGAGGGACAAGAAAGUUCCAAACUACGUAACACUAGAAAAUAAAUAACACUACGCGAGAGCCGUGUAGCCUGGAGACGUUUGUUUGAAUGAUUAAGCGUUUUUCAUUACAUUUGUAACCGACCACUCUUUUCAACUUUCUUCCUUCCUUUCUAUUCUUGUCUCUAAUGGACCGGAUUAUCAACAGUAGUUAACCGGCCUCAUGCAGGAGCUCUCCUACCUCAAUAUACAGAAUCUUUCAUCGAUUUCUCCUCAAGGGAGUCCAAUCCUUAUUGAACAAAGGGAAUUCCAAGUGAUAGGAAUUGAGAAUAAGACCAUAGGGCCUGCCUGCAGGGGUACGCAAGAAAGUUUUAUUUUUACGUGGAGGCCCCCCCCCCCCCAAGGUCUAACCCUUUACCCUACAGUCGAACCUCCACUAACGGCCACUUCUCAACAACGGACGCUUUUUUCUGCCUCCAAGGUGGCCAUUGAGGAGAGGUUCAACCACAGGCGUCCCAAGCCCUAGCCUCCCCGCAGACGUCCUUUGGAGUUCGUUCGUCACGCAUUCAUUUCUCCCCAACGGACGUCCGUGGGGAAGAAAUGAAUGCGUGACGAACGAAGCCCAAAGGACGUCUGCGGGGAAGCUACCCAAGCUCACGUUGCGAGUUUGUAAUGUAAAUUUACUUUCUCACGAGGCUGUCGGUGUCGCGUUACAAGCUGCCGUUCAGACUUAGUAUGGGAAAUAAAAUACUGAGGUCUGCGAACGCUAAAUAUCAUUAUUUUUUACUUUUUUUUCUAUGAAAUAAAUAAAGGAGACUUACCUUUUAUGAAUUCCUUGGUUUUUUGGUGUGAAUUCAUCGAUGCAGUCGGGUUUUUUUGGCAGUUGUUUGUGUGACCCCUGCCACUCUCUUCGUGUUAUUGUAAACCGACAGGAGCCCAUCAAAUGGAUUUGAUAGGCUCCUGAAACCGACUAUCUCUUUAAUUUAAACUGCGGUAAAUACACCGUCACAAAAAUUACAAAACCAGAACUUUUUCGCCAAAAACAUUGCAUUUGUUAGCCCUUUUUACAGACGGAUUUUUUGUUUUUCAUUAGUAUUGAAAUCCCUACCCUUUCCUGCAUACCUGAAGCCCGAAAAAGGUACCCCUUUCGGACGUAUUUCCCCGAAAAGGCCAUUACAUAGGAAUACCCCCGAGGGCAUAAUAUUUUCACUCACUCUAUUUGACGUGAGACUCAGCUACUUCAUUUGCCACUGUUGGCCUUUCAGUCUUAUUAUUUCGGUUCUGCUAGACACGUAUCUCUAGUUAGAAGUAUUAAAUGGACUAGUAACUUUACUAAAAGGCUUUAGAGAGAGGGUGUCUAGAAAACGACGACCUAGAAAACGAAGACCUACGACCUAGAAAACGACGACCUAGAAAACAACGACCUAGAAAACAACGACCUAGAAAACGACGACCUAGAAAACAACGACCUAGAAAACAACGACCUAGAAAACGACGACCUAGAACACGACGACCUAAAAAAAACCGCGGGGAGUGGGGGACGCUUAAUAGAAGUGUGCCAAAUGCCCCAUACCCGGACAAAACCAAAAUAGCAUAUUCAUAGCAAAUCUCAGUGUAAUCUUAUCAAACGUGCCAAACACCCACGCAAAUUGCUCAUAGCCGCUAGUUACCCGGGGCUGGUUAUAAGUAAUGCUAAGGUCAAAAGGUCUAAUUUGCACGUGCAGCACACUUUUUUGCACAUCGUAGUACGUGCAGACGAUUCUCUCAGAACCAAAAUUUCUUAGAUGCAUUUUGGGCACUUUCCAUUCACCCAAAACUUAAGAAACUUUGGAAACAGCGGCAAUUAGUACAGUAUUUUCCCGGAAAAGUUCCCAGACUUCCGGAAACGUUUCCGAAAUGCGAACCAUUCAACCAGAAAUUUUAGACAUUCGGGAGCAAAUUUGAAUGCGGAAAGAAAACGUCCCGAU